UGCCAACCGCAGCCACUUAAUAAGUUAAUUGAGGUUAGGAAUUGAGCGCGCCAUCCCGUUCGCUGCGCGUCCUACAACGUCGCUUGCGGGCCAAGGCUAUGUUGUUACCUGUGCUUCUUGUAGGCUGGGUUUCUUGCGCAGUGGCUUAUCUUCCUGCUGUUCCCACCAACAAUGUGUCGGCUGUUCACGUCAAUGCCUCGAUGGUCGUACUUGAAUGGUCUGGGGGUGUGUACAGCCGCGAUGUCUCUUAUCAGCUAGUAGGCUCAACUACCACCGGGAUCGACAAGGGAGCGCUGGUCCAUUUCGCUGAAACUAAUGCUACCCAACCUUUUGCGACUACCCCAUGGAUUGCUCUCAUAUCAUGCGACCAAAAUUACACCUGGCCCAAUGGCACACUUCAUAAUGACAGUUACGACGUAUUGUCUAUGGCGAACGAUCUGGGCGCAAUUGCAGCCCUACUCUACACCACAAAUUCCGAGGCUUGUCUGAUAAAUCCCGAGUUUUCCAACCCAAAGCUUUUCGACCAAAUCAUGGAUAUAUUCACAACCGUCUCGAAAAGUUCGGCAAGUGGGAAAUUGAACGAUUCGUUCUCCCAGGUGGAGUCAUAUAUCAGCGGUGCUCCUCCGCAGCCGGGGUUCAUGAUGUCCAGUCUGACCGUCAAUUCAACAUUCCAUCCCAACAUUACUACACCUCCUCCUCCCACACAUCUUCCAAGGGAUCUGGGGGGUCCUCCAACACUAGUUUGGCGAUGUGGGAUUUUGUUGUACUCAGUCACUGGUUGCGUCUCCGUGCUCUUCUCCAUUGUCGUCAUAUCCGGGGCAGUUCGUGCUUUCCGAUACCCCGAUAGAUAUGGCCCCCGAUCAGGAAAUGAGCCUCACACAGGCCCUGGCCUGCAUCCUGGCCCACGCACCCGAACUCAGGGCCUCACGCGUGCGAUGUUGGAUAGCUUCCCCCUUAUCAAGUUCGGCCAAUCUGACAACAAUGCACCGCCGCAGCAUAGACAGAUGGAGAGGAUGCUGUACCCUAAAUUCGAUGGAGAAGAUGUGGAGCGGCAUGCGGGUGUCCGGGCCCCAGAUCACGGGCAUGCGGACUCUACCAUUAUGGAGGAGAUCAACGGCGCGGUGGAGGGCCCCGCGCCAACAAUCGCUGGACAACGGGAGUCUAGAUCCGAGGAGGUGGAUCCUGCCACCAUAGGACGCGAGACUUGCCCUAUAUGCAUCGUUGACUUUGAGAACGGCGAUGAUGUCCGGGUAUUGCCGUGUGAGGGCAAGCACCGGUUCCACCAGGGGUGCGUGGAUCAAUGGUUGUUGGAGCUGUCAACCUCGUGCCCCAUCUGCCGGGCCGAUUUCAAUACUCUUGAUGCAACUGCUGGCACGAAUAUACAUUUCCCCGAAAUGCCUGAAGUCCACUCCCCGUCAUCUUCUGCAGCUUCUGGACCUGCGGCAGGGAAUACGCCGAAAUAUUCAGCUUCACUAUUCCCAAGAUAUCUCGGAGUCUCGCGUAGAAGCCACGAGGGGGCAACCAAUGAUGCCGGUACUUCGCAAAUGCGCUGAACAAGGUCAUCCAAUCCCCGCCUCGCCUGGCGCGUCACCGUGUGCAGCUUUCUCCCACGUUAUAUAUCCAGAAUGACAAUGUUCAAUCUUCGCCUGACGCCGUACCAUCAUACGCAUUCCCAAAUAAUCGGGCCUUCAUGUUGGCAUCCUCGAAUCCCACCGUUGGUUUCGAUCCUGGGUCUCUUUCAGAAUUCUCGUACACCCAUUAUUGCUCAGUUCUUUACGACAGGAUUCUGCUUUCCGCGACCGUCACCGUCUCUAACGCAACAGCAGCACCGCCACUAGUUGUAUCACGGAGUCAUUCCCCUUGUUUGAACAUCUCAAGCUCCAAAGCGCCACCGGAGCUCACGGACUUUCUGGAUUUGCUCACCGUCUGACCCUAAUAUCUGUACAUUGUUUGUAGUCUAGCUAACAUGUAUUAUCAACUGUGGGCCCGACUCCAUGUGUCAAC